AUGCUGCUGUAUUGUUCCUGUGCAAAUGCUCCACGAUGGGUGUGGCUUCUGUCGGCCUCUGACGGGCCUCCUGACGUCCAGGUGCUGAGCGCUCUGCUGCUGGUGGGCCUGGCGGCGUCCCACAGGUCGGCCCACGGAGCCCGACUGGCGGGGACGACGUUGAGACUGGUCCUGGAUUCCUCAGUGCAGCCUCAGCUGGGCAGCUCCUCCGCGAGCAUCGCCAACACGUCUCUGUCCCCGUGGACGUACAGAGAGUCCUGCGUGGAGUCCCGGUUGCCUCGGCAGAUCUUCCACGCCGUGUGUCUCACCUCCGGCUGUCUGAGCCCGCACGGGGGAGGAGAAGACGCAUCGCUGGAGGCCAAACCCAUCUACCACCAGGUCCUGGUCCUCCACAAGACCUUGAGGCAAAGGGCCGGUAAGCGCAGGAGGACGAGGUACGGCUUCCGGCUGGGCACGGAGGUGAUCGCGGUGGGCUGCACCUGCGUGAGGCCCAGCGUCGUCACGCACGGAACCAACCACACUGGACCCUCCUGAGUCCCUGUGACCCGACCGGCGCCGAGGAGCGUGUUGCUGCAAAUACUGAUUCUUGUAGAGACUUUAUCAUUCUUUGUGAGGGUGCGGUCUUAAAAAAAAAAAAGUCAUUUAUUUCUCUUAUUCUGCAUGUUUUUUUAACACCAACUUCAUUUUAUUGUUAACAAUGUAAAAAUGCGUUUUUAAAGUUUUUAAUCCAACUUUAAUGUAUUUUGGGCCGUGAAGACGCAUUUUAAUGUGUUAACUAUGGCAUUUAUUUAUUAAUUUAUCAAAAACAAUAUUAAUGUUGGGGAAUUGACAUGCAAUGACUAAUAUAAUAAGUCCUAUUUUAACGCAUAAGAGUUGAGAUAAGUUAAUGCAUGAUGUGAAUAUAUCAGUGGCGUGUGAUUAAGUCUUAUUAUGUUUCAUGCAGAAUAAAGAAACAUUCCGACUUGCGUGUCCUGUGUCCUGUGUCCUGUGUCCUUCACAUCGUUUUAGUUGACUCCUUUCUGACAGAUGUUGCUCUCAGACUACUUUAGUUUCAUGUUUACUAAAAAGAGAAUUAUCGUUGCCUUCAUAUUCUAGCAUCUGCAUUAAU